AUGCUCCGCCGCCUCGUCUCGCGCCGCACCCUCGCGAUGGCCUCUGGGGCCACCGCUCUCUCCGCCGCGGGCGGGUACUACUACCUCAACUCGGGGCCCACCUAUCCCCCAUCCACGAAGGAGACCCGCAGACCUCCCCCGCCAUGGACUCCGCCCUCGCGCCAGCAGAUGCUUGACGCGCUGAAGCUCUCGAGCCAGGACCCGACUCAGGAGUUCGACCUACUCGUCGUUGGAGGAGGCGCGACGGGCGCGGGUGUCGCCGUGGACGCGGCCAGCCGAGGCCUCAAGGUCGCGUUGGUCGAGAUGGACGACUUCAGCUCCGACUGCACCCUAUCUCUCCGCAUGCUGCCAAUCAUGCUGCCAAUAUACAAGUAUUGGCAGGUUCCAUACUACUGGGCCGGUUGCAAGAUGUACGAUUUAUUGGCUGGAAAGGAGAACAUGGAAACAUCCUAUCUUAUGAGCAAGGGAAAGGCGCUUGAGGCGUUCCCUAUGCUCAAGCAGGACGGUUUGGUUGGGGCACUUGUCUACUAUGAUGUCACUUCUCUCGACAAGAAGGAUGGCAAGCUCAGCGGCGCGAAAGUCCGCGAUGUCCUUACCGGCAAGGAAUUCAACGUCUCUGCGAAGGGGAUCGUCAACGCGACAGGCCCCUUCUCCGACUCCUUGCUCACUAUGGACAACCCCGACCACAAGCCCAUCGUGCAGCCCUCCUCCGGAACCCACAUCACGCUCCCCAACUACUACUCUCCCCGCACAAUGGGCUUGCUUGACCCUGCUACCUCGGAUGGCACCACGGACACACCCGCGGAAGUUUCGACGGCGCCUCGGGCGCAGGAGGAGGAGAUCCGGUGGAUUCUCGAGGAGGUCCGCCGAUACCUCAGCCCGGACAUCAGGGUCCGCCGUGGUGACCACGAGGGCCUUGUCCGCAAUCACAUGAUCCACGUCAGCGAGAGCGGCCUCCUUACCAUCGCGGGCGGGAAGUGGACGACCUACCGCGCGAUGGCGGAGGAGACGGUAGACAAGGCCAUUGAGGUGUUCAACCUCAAGGACCGGACCAAGCGUGGGUGCGUCACGGAGCACCUGCGGCUGAUCGGCAGCGAUGGCUGGAGCCGGAACAUGUUCAUUGGGCUCGUGCAGAGGGUAAGCCCCUCCCCUGGAUUCAACGACGCAUACGCAGACUGA